AUGAAGUUAUCCAAAUUUAUAUUCACAUUAUCAUUACUUACAACAGCUUGUGUAGCUGUUGUUGAAAAUAUUGAUGGGUCUGUUGAUGAUGUUGCAGCACCAGCUGUUGAUAAAUCUUCUCAUAAAUUGGGUAUUCAAAAACUCGCUGAUGAAGAUAACGCUCCUGCUGCCAAAGAUGCCAAGCAACCAUUAGAUCCUUAUAAUAAUGGAGGUAAAGUUGCUGAACCAUCAGCAGAGAAUGAACGUAAUGAUGAAAUGGACGAGUUUCUUAUGUCUUUGUCCAUGAUUGUUGUUUCUGAAAUUGGUGAUAAAACAUUUUUGAUUGCAGCAUUAAUGGCCAUGAAAAAUUCCAGACUUGUUGUUUUCACAUCAGCUUUUGCAUCUUUGGCUAUUAUGACUGUUUUAUCCGGUGUCAUUGGUAACACAUUACCUAACUUGCUUUCCAGAAGAGUUACCCAAUUCUUAGCUUCCGGUUUGUUUAUAAUUUUUGGUUACAAAUUGUUGAGAGAAGGUUUGGCCAUGAGUAAAGAUGUUGGUGUUGAUGAGGAAAUGGCUGAAGUUGAAGAAGAAAUUGUUGCUAAGAGAUUAAACAAUCAAUUGGAUGAUGCUGAAGCUGGUGGUGCUCCAAUUAAUAAAGUCAAGAAUACUCCAUUUUAUGUUGAAAUUGGUAAUCAAAUUCAAAACUUGGCUUCAUUUAUUUUCACUCCUAUUUGGAUUCAAGUAUUUGUUAUGACUUUUUUGGGUGAAUGGGGUGAUAGAUCUCAAAUUGCAACCAUUGCUAUGGCUGCUGGAUCCAACUAUUGGAUUGUUAUUACGGGUGCCAUUAUCGGUCAUGGUUUCUGUACUGCUUUAGCUUGUAUUGGUGGUCAAUUAUUGGCUAAGAAGAUUUCCAUGAGAACCGUUACCUUAGGUGGUGCCAUUGCAUUUUUCAUUUUUUCAUUAAUGUAUUUCUACGAAGCAUACUAUGAUCUUGAAGGUUAA